AUGCCCCAGACAGCAAGGGGACCCCCUCCUCCCGCGGUUGGGGGACCGCAGCCGCCUUUCGGUCCAGCGCCUUCAAGGAGAGGGCGAGGGGCGCGCCCUGGCGGCGGCGGCAGCCUCCCUCCCCGCUCGCCCACCUCCCCUUCCGAGCGGGCGGGCGGCGGGACGCGCCGGCGGGUCCGCCCUCCCGGGGAACCUGCAGCUGUUGCUGCUGCUGCGGCUCCUUCCUUCCCGGCCGCAGAGGAUGCGGCUCCGGGCAGCCGCCCCCGGGGGAUCGCCGGCUCUCCUCCCAGGUGGGUGACACCCCCCCCCCAAAAAAAACACCCACCCACCAACCCACCCACCCGCGCGCCCCCCGACGCGUCUCCCUUCCCCAGGGGGUCCGGACGGACCUGGAGGGCUCCCCGCGCCCUUCCCCGCCGCGGCAAGGGCGGCGGCCCCGAGGGGCUCCCCGAAGGCGCCGGGGGAGGCGGCGGACGGACGGCCCGGCUCGCCGCUGCGGCCGCCCACGCCUUGCGGGGCGGACCCGGCGCGGACCCGCCCCGACGGCCGCGCCGCGCCGGGCUGGGAGGCAGCGACGACCCGGCGCCGUCCGCCGCGGGGCUGCAGGCUGCCCGCCCGCCCCACGGAGGGACGGACGACCCCGAGGUGGGCAGGGCCGAAGCGAGCCGGGCUGGGCGCGGGGCUGGGGGGCGUCGAGCGGCUCGCGCCGUCCGGGGGGCCGGGUGCGGUUGA